AUGGAGAAAGCUAAAGCAGUUGAGGAGACUUUAGUUGAGCUGGCUCGUUCUAUGGUUACUGAAUCUGGUAAGAGGACUUCUGAUGGUGCAUCUGGCCUACCGCCUAAGAGAAGGCGUGAUAGUCAUAGUUCUGGUAGGGGAGCGAGAUGUGGGUCUCGACCGAGUCAGUCUAGGCAGCAAAGCAGUGUUAUGCAAUCAGACACUUUCGGUUUUGCUCAGAACUCUCAAGAAAAGAAAAGAAAAGAAAAGAAAGUGUUGGAAUCUAUCAGAGACCUGGUAACUGAUGCCAACUUCGACUGCGCCGCAACUGGAUGUUCUCUCCAAGCCAUGGAUUCCAGCCGCGUUGCCAUGCUCUCUCUUCUUCUUCGCCCCGACGGCUUUGAGCAUUACCGCUGUGACCGCAACAUUUCCAUGGGGAUAAACCUCGCUAACAUGGCUAGGAUGCUACGUUGUGCAUCUGAUGAUGAUAUUGUCACCAUUAAUGGUGAUGAUGGCAGCGAUACUAUCACCUCUAUCUUUGAAAGCUCCUCUCAAGAAAAGAUUUCUGAUUAUGAGAUGAAGCUGAUGCACAUUAGUAGUGAGAACCUUGAGAUCCCAGAAGCUGGAUACGAGGCUAUUGUUAAGAUGCCAGCAUCUGUGUUUGCUCGAAUUUGCAAGGAUUUAGGCACCAUUGGAGAUACUGUCAUGAUAUCUGUGACAAAAGAAGGGAUCCAAUUCUUCACUAGAGGUGAUAUUGGGACUGCAAAUAUCUUUUGCAGGAAAACCACACCAGUAGCUAAGGAGGAAGAAGCUAUUUCUAUAGAGAUGGAGAAGCAAGUUUCGCUGACCUUGGCAUUGAGGUACCUGAUUUCCUUCACGAAGGCAACCCCAUUAGCCAAGCAAGUGACGAUUAGUAUGUCGUAUGAGCAGCCAAUUGUAGUAGAGUACAAGAUGGAAAUCAUGGGUCACAUUAGGUUUUACUUGGUUCCCAAGGUUGAAGAAGAAGUGACUGUACCUCUGGAGAAUGUGGCUGAAGCGGACACCAAAAGUAAACCAGAUGUCAAGCCUGAAGUGGAGGAAAAGCCUAAGGAGGUGAUCGAAAUCGAAGAGGGAUGUGAACUAAAGGCAGAGACAAAACUGAAGCCGGAGAAGAAUGAUAUUGAUGAUCAAAGUGAGCCGAAGUUGGGGACCAAGCCUAAAGAGGGUAGAAUUAAUGAAACUAUGCUUCAAGUGGAAGAUAAGACAGAGGUUGAAGUUAUGGAUGUUGAGUAA